AUGAAGUUGAAUCUCUUGCAGCUUCUUCCCAGUUGGAAGAACUGGCCGGGAACCGGACUGGUUAGGGUGAUCUUAAUCCUCCUAAUCACCAUGGUUUUUCUUGCCAUAAUCCCUAUCUAUCUCCAUAAGAUUUCACCCUUUUUGUUGGUUUUUCUGAUGCCUCGUUAUGAUCAAGAGCAUAAGUUGGCCUUGCCAGCAGUGGAUUAUUCGCAUCGGAUUAGUGCCAUAACUGGCUCGAAGCGAACAAGUUUACGGAGAAUAUGUAACAUGUUUAAGGGAGAUUGGGUUCCAUUUCCCGAGGGACCUUAUUACACAAAUGAGACCAAAUGUGUGAUUGAUAACAGGCAAAAUUGCCUGAAAUUUGGGAGGCCAGACAGUGAGUUCUUGAAGUGGAGGUGGAAGCCUGAUGACUGCGAGCUGCCUCCCUUUGAUGGGGCACAGUUCUUGGAGCUUGUUAGAGGCAAGUCCAUGGCCUUUGUUGGGGACUCAGUGGCUAGAAACCAGAUGCAAUCCCUCAUUUGUUUGUUGACCAGUGUGACAAGGCCCUUGGACAUAUCAUACAUACUGGAGACAUCAGAGCACUGGUUCUAUAGAGAUUACAAUUUUACAUUAGCGCAUUUAUGGACAACUCACCUUGUCAAAGCCCCAGGAGUGAAGCCUCAAAGAGAAGUUCCUUCAAACCUCACUUUGGAUGAAGUAGAUCAUUCUUGGGCAGCUGAAAUUGAAACCUUUGACUAUGUUAUAAUUUCAUCCGGGCAUUGGUUUCUAAGGCCAUUGAACUACUUUGAAAAGGGUAGUCUCGUUGGAUGCCAUUCAUGCAGUGGAGAUGAGAAGAAGAAGGGUUUUGACAUGUACUAUGCGUACAGGAAGGCUUUUAGGACAGCCUUCAGGACCCUUCUGGCCCUUCCCAAUUUCAAGGGGCUGACAAUUCUGAGGACCAUCACCGAGUCGCAUGUCGGCGACAGGAGGGAGUGGAGCGAGGAUGGGGACUGCGCGAUGACCAGGCCGCUGGCAAGGGGGGCAAUGGAGCUGGGGGGUGAUGUUUUGAAGUUGUAUGUGAUCCAAAUGGAGGAGUUCGAGGCUGCGGAGAGGGAGGGGAGGAAGAAGGGGCUUAAGUUCAGGCUGCUGAACAUUACUGAGCCCAUGCUGCUGAGGCCGGAUGGCCACCCAAACCAGUAUGGACACUGGCCGCACGAGCGGGUUCGCCGUGCUGACUGUUUGCACUGGUGCUUGCCUGGUCCGGUUGAUCUCUGGAAUGAGAUCUUGCUUCAGAUGGUGAAGAUGGAAAGCCAAGGAUCAUGA